AUGAGAAGACAUGUGUUCCUUUGGAUAGUAGAUGCUCUCUCGAAUGCCUAUCCUUAUUUCCAACAGAGGGUCGAUGCACUUGGGAGAAGAGGCUUGUCACCACUCCAAAAAUGCACUACUGCAAUACGGAUAUUGGCAUAUGGCGUAGCAGCUGAUGUCGUUGAUGAUUAUGUGUGCAUAGGCGAGAGCACUACAAUUGUUUUCUUGGAAAAAUUUGUUGAAGGUGUCAUUUCGGUGUUCGAAGAUGAAUACUUGCAAAAACCGAAUUCAAAUGAUGUACGACACCUGCUACAAAUAGCAAAAGGUCGUGGCUUUCCUAGCAUGUUGGGUAGCAUUGACUGCAUGCACUAG